AUGUUGUCUGAAAAUGCAACAAAAGAACGGUACUGUUUGGGGAAAUCUUUGGAAUUAUUGUUCCUAGAAUGGUCUCUAUGUUCGCCUAGAAUUCAAACUGUCUUACGAACUGUCACGCUUUCUUUCUUUCUUUCUUUCUUUCUUUCUUUCUUUCUUUUUUCUUUCAUGAUUCGUUUGGUCUUUUUCUUUUUUUCUUUCCGACUUUUUUUGUAUCUUUCUUUCUGCCUGUCUUUUUUCUUUGUUUAUUCUCUUUCUUCAUUCUUUCUUUUUCUUCGUUCAUUUCUUCUUUUUCUUUCAUGUUUCUUUCUUUUCGUCUUUUCUUCAUUCGUUUGUUUUUUUCUUCUUCAUUUCUGUCCUUUUCUUCGUUCAUUUUUUCUUGUUUUCUUUCUUUCUUCUUUCAUUAUUUCGGUUUUUUUCUCCAUUCGUUUGUUCAAUUUUUAUUUCUUUGUGCUUUUUCCUUCAUUUAUUCUUUCUUUCUGUCUGUGUUCUUUUUCUUCUUCUUUUUUUUUCUUUCUUUCUGUCUUUUUCUUCGUUCGUUUAUUGUUUUCUCUUUCUUUUUUCUUUCUUUCUUGCUUUCUGUUUUUUCUUCGUUCGUUUCCUCUUUUUAUUUAUUUCUUCCCUUCUUUUUUUUUUGUUGUUCGUUUGUUUACUCUCUUUUUCUUUCUUCCUUUCUUUCUUUCUGUCUUUUUCUUCAUUCGCUUGUUGUUUUUCUUUCUUUAUUUAUUUCAUACUGUCUUCUUUCGUUUCUGUUUUUUCUUUCAUUCGUUUAUUCAUUUUUCUUUCUUUCGUCCUUUCUCUCUUUCAUUUUUUCUUUCUUUCUUCAUUCGUUAUUCAUCGGUUCAUUCUUUCUUCAUUUUUUCGUUUGCCUGUUCGUUUCUUCUUUCUCUCUUUCUUUUUUCUUCCUUCCUUUCUUUAUGUCUAUCUUUAUUCUUUCUGUCACUCUUCGUUUGUUCGUUCUUUUUAUUUCUUUAUUUCUCUUUUUCUUCUUUCUUUCUUUCUUUCUUUCUUUAUUUAUUUCUAUUUUCGUCCAUUUGUUGA